GCACAGUGAAAGCAUCACCCGAAAAUGCUGAAUUUGAAGUUCUGGAUUGGGCUGGGUCUGGUAGCCGUCGCCUGGAGUGCGGCGGUGCCCGGCAAGGCGCCCGAGGACGAGGAGCGGAUGCACCCGCAUCUGCCGAGCAGUCCCCGGCUGCGGACGAUAUCUGGAGAGGAAACCCAAGAGUUCUGGCACUCCGCCAGCAAGAAGCUGAUACGGGAGAAGCUGAAUUACAUAAGAAACACAAACAAGGCCAAGAACAUCAUUCUCUUCCUGGGCGAUGGAAUGGGACUGGCCACCCUGGCUGCUGCAAGGAGCUACAUUGGAGGCGAGGAGAUGAAGCUGUCCUUCGAGGAGUUCCCCUUCACCGGUCUCUCCAAGACCUACUCCGUGGACAAAAUAGUGCCCGACAGUGCCUGCACAUCCACCUCGUACUUGUGUGGCGUGAAAGCGAACUACGGAACCAUCGGAGUGAAUGCCCACGUGAAGCGCGGCGACUGCCUGGCCAUGGCCAACGAGACCAACCACGUAUUCUCUCUCGGUAAGUGGGCUAUGGACGCCGGCAAAGCCGCAGGAAUAGUGACCACCACCCGACUGACCCACGCAUCGCCCUCCGGAGUCUAUGCCCACGUUGCCGAUCGCGAGUGGGAGAACAAUGCUGUGCUGGAGGAAGCCUGCGGUGAGCUCUCUGAGGGUCUGCAGGACAUAGCCGUCCAACUGAUCCAUGGAGAGGUGGGCAGCAAGCUGAAGGUCAUGUUGGGAGGCGGCAAGAGGAGCUUCUACAGCCCGGAGCACUACGACAAGGGCCGACGCACGGAUGGACGCAAUCUGGUUGAGGAAUUCGAGGCCUUGGAUGCGGGGAACACCUUUGUGAAGACCCAGAAGAAACUGCUCAAGGUAAAUGCCACCGAGACGGGUCGUCUGCUGGGCCUCUUCAGCAAGAGCCACAUGCACUACCACAUGGAGCAGUUGGCCGAUCCCGACAACAAUGAACCCACGCUGGAAGAGAUGACCCAGAAGGCAAUUGAAGUUCUGCAGACCGAGGAGAACGGGUACUUCCUGUUCGUGGAAGGUGGAAAGAUUGAUAUCAGCCAUCAUGAAACCAUGGCCAGGAUCGCUCUGGACGAAACUGCGGAGCUGUCCAAGGCGGUGAAGAGAGCCCGUGAGAUGACCAACCCUGAGGACACCCUCAUCGUGGUCACCUCCGACCACUCGCACACCUUCAGCGUCGCUGGCUACCAGCCCCGAGGCAGCGAUAUCUUUGGACCCACCAAAUCGAAGGCCAAGGAUGGAAAACCCUACCUGGCCCUCACCUACGCCAAUGGCAAGAGUUUCGAGGACUUCUACAACACGGAAACCCACCAGCGAGAGGAUCCCACCAGCUUGCCCACCAUCGGUGACUUUGAUCAGCUCUUCCCGGCGAUGGCACCCCUGGAAUCGGAGACCCAUGGCGGCGAGGAUGUCGGAGUAUUCGCCUCCGGUCCCUGGGCCCACCUCUUCACCGGAGUCUACGAGCAGAACACCAUUCCCCACAUAAUGGCGUUUGCCGCUUGCGUCGGCGAUGGACUCACCGCUUGCGAUUAGGAAAUCAGGAGUUGAUUGACAGCUCGGAGGACUCUUAAUUAUCCAACCACUAGACGAUGAUAUCUCACGUACGCUUUAUCGUGUUAAAUGAAUACUCAACUAAAUUGACAGGUGCGGACACAUGCCCCUCCAGAAAAAGAAAUUAUUCGAGGGGCCAGGCCCACUCCACGGAAAAGGAGUGUGUUCCCUAU